ACUGCCGUGUGCAUGUGGGGUUCUGAUCGCCUUGACAAAUCAACGUCUCCAAACCAGCCCCCGGGUCCAGGGUUUGCCCCUCCUGCCCAGCACCAAUCUGAGCAGGGAAGGAGGAGGGGGGCGGGAAGGUUAGUUUGAAGAGGGCAGAGCUUUGCGAAAGCACGCCAAAUUAUCCCCUAUUUCACCGCUGGAAAGAGAAAAAAAAAGGGAAAAAAAACCCAGUGGAUGAUAACAGCUGAGGGUGAAAUCAGACGGACUAAGCGUCAGAACCUCAUUAACUCCAAGGAGGGAGAAGAAACGGCAGGAACGCAACCCUCAGUGCUGCGGGAGCGUCUUUUCUGAACCAACAUGGCUGCCCUACAGUGGAAGGCUAAAUCGCCGCAGCACAACUUGUGGAUCUUCUUCCUUUCCCUAAGCCUUCUUCCUGAAGCCAGGGCAGUCGUUGGACACAGAGAGCCGCUGCCUGAUGACAGCAAAGACAACAUUACCAUUUUCACCCGGAUCCUCGACAGGCUCUUGGACGGGUACGACAACAGGCUACGUCCCGGGCUCGGAGAGAGCGUGACAGAAGUGAGGACAAACAUCUAUGUGACGAGUUUUGGGCCGGUGUCGGACACAGACAUGGAGUAUACCAUUGAUGUCUUCUUCCGUCAAAGCUGGAGGGACGAGAGGCUUAAGUUUGACGGUCCAAUGCAAGUUUUGCCGCUUAACAACCUACUGGCCAGCAAGAUCUGGACGCCCGAUACCUUCUUUCACAACGGGAAGAAAUCCGUGGCCCACAACAUGACAACUCCAAACAAACUACUACGACUAGUUGACAACGGCACGCUCCUCUAUACAAUGAGGUUGACCAUCCAUGCAGAGUGCCCCAUGCACCUGGAGGACUUCCCGAUGGAUGCACACGCCUGUCCUCUGAAGUUUGGAAGUUAUGCGUACACCAACAAUGAGGUGAUCUACCUGUGGACUCAGGGAGACGAGAGAUCUGUCUCUGUGGCAGAGGACGGCUCCAGGCUCAACCAGUAUGACUUACUGGGUCACGUCAUUGGCAAAGAAACCAUCAGUUCCAGCACAGGAGAAUACGUAGUGAUGACGACAUAUUUCCAUUUGAAACGGAAAAUUGGCUACUUUGUGAUUCAAACCUACCUUCCGUGCAUCAUGACAGUCAUACUGUCUCAGGUCUCCUUCUGGCUUAACAGGGAAUCGGUUCCUGCCCGCACUGUGUUUGGGGUCACCACGGUCCUAACCAUGACCACUCUGAGCAUCAGUGCUAGAAACUCCCUCCCUAAGGUGGCCUAUGCCACCGCAAUGGACUGGUUCAUGGCAGUGUGCUAUGCCUUUGUCUUCUCUGCCCUGAUAGAGUUUGCGACAGUCAACUACUUCACCAAACGCAGCUGGGCGUGGGAUGGGAAAAGAGAGGGCAUGGAAAUAAGGGAACCGUUUCAGGCUAACAUGGCCAGGAUUAAAGAUAUGAGAAGAGAGUCGGCCACGCUGACUAAAAAGUCCAACAACACCUUCAACAUUGUCGGCACCACCUACGGCAUCAACGUAGCCAAAGACCAAGGCUUGACGACCAUUUCCAAAAGCGCCCCGGGACCGUCGAUCAAACACUCCUUUCUGCACAAAAUGGACGACCCGUACACAGAGGCCAAGAAAUCCUACAACCGCGUCAGCAAAGUGGACAAGAUAUCGCGCAUCAUCUUCCCAGUGCUGUUCUUCAUUUUCAACUUGGGCUACUGGGCCACGUAUGUCAACAGAAAGCCCGCGAUCAUGAAGGCAAACAACCUAAACUGAAUUUCACCAAAUGUUGGCUUUCGCAAGAGAGAUAGCCAGAUAGAUAGAUAGAUAGAUAGGCACAGGAAAAGCCAAGUCCAUCGCAUCUUAACAUGCGUGUGUAUGCGUGUGCGCGCAUGUCUCAUGUGUCUGUUUGGGAUUUUUUUUCUUAAACAUUUGAUAUUUUUGCACGGCUGUUACUGUUGGGAGGCAAAUCCGGUUUCCAUUAGACUCAAGUGCAGCGGUGGACCUCGGAGGAAGCCCAUUCUCUCUCCAGUCUGUGUUUUGUGCGGCGUUUCUUCUUCUCCACCCCACACUUAGCUCUGGCCCUGUUCCCUGUUGUGGUUUAAUCCCUUGCUGUGUCUUGAUUGCUUGCCGUUUCGUACAGUAGUUAAAUUGUGCGUCCCCCUGUUUUGAUAUGUUUUGGGUUUGUUUGUUUUUCUCUUUUGUUGUUGUUGUUGUUGUUUCAUUGCUUAUAAUAAGUUAGCACACGCAUGUGUUUUCUGUUCUCAUUGUGACUCAUUACCAGUGAUAAGGCGCUGACACGCCGUACGCACACAGACACACACCGAUACCGUCGAAAACACGAGGAAAGCCAUCCGCCGGCCGCUUUAUUGUGCUUCUGUUGGUUGGGACGGCCUGUAUAGUUUUGUAGGAACACCAUUAAUAAUUGUCAGAGUCUGGCCUUCAGCUCCUGCCGAAGCCCAGCAUACACAAUGCAGCCUCAAAGGGCUGCAUGUACAUUUUCUAGUCCACUGGCUCUUAUUGUUUUAACUGGCUGACUAUGUUCAACGACAGAUAAUAUAUGUGCCUUGGUGAAAACACUCAUCACAAAGAAGGAAAAGAGAAGAAAAAAAAAAGUCAGACAUGCCCACAUUUGCGUUUCCAAGUGUGCGUUUGCUUUGCAAAAAUAUUUACGCCCCUUAAAUCUUUUCAAAUUUUGUCCUGCUUCAACUUCAAUGUGUUUUAUUGAGAUUUUAUGUGGCAGAUCAGCACAAAGACCUGCAGGAAUGUCAAGUUUUUUAAAAAAUUAUACUUAGUUGUCUUUCUUUUUUUUAGGUACAAGUCAUAAAAAUAUUGCAGGCAUUUGUUUUCAGGUCCUCUGAUCCAAUCUCUACAGCUUCUGUUUUGUCAUUGUUUUUUGAAAAAUAGCUCAAACUCUUUCAGAUUGGCUGGAGAAUAUCUAUAGAAAUAAUUUAUAUUGUGAAAGAUUCUCAGAUUGAGAUCUGGACUUUGACUAGACCAUUCAAACACAUUCUGGUCUAAAUCCAGAGUGUCAUAUCAGACCUGCAGGUUUUCACGCCGUUUCCUUCAGUGGUUUUUGGUGUAAGGAGGAAAGGAGUGAACAUGGGUUUUGAUUGUUUGACAGAGUGCAGCUGAAAAUUGUACGAAAUGUUCCAAUUUUGGACCUUAAUCAAACCACCAGAUUAGCAGAAGGGAAAACACCUUUAACUACAUGACUUGUAAAGACUGUCCGCUGCAUUUUCAGGAUAUAAGAGGCUGAAAACAAUUAUUCACCACAUUUUUCAGAUUUCUAUUUGUAAAAGGCUUUGAAAGAAAUCUUCUUUUCACUUCAUAAUUGUGCAACAUUUUUGAGUUGCUCCAUCACAAAAAAUCCUUGAAAACACCUUAAAGCUUGUCUUUGUAAUGUGACACAAUAAGAAAAACGUUUUUAGGGGUAUUAAUGCUUUUGCAAAGCAUUGUGUUGAGAAAUAUUCAAUGGUCUCUGUAGGUUCUACCUACUACAGUGUAUGGCCAUCUCCACUCUAAACCAGGCCAUACACACACACACACACACACACACCCACACACACGCACGCAAACACACACCCAGACUAAAACUGCCUCUUAUUACGAAGGGUUAACAGACCUAUUCCUGUGAGAUGAUCUUGCAAAGAGAUUCCAGGCUCCAGUGUUGUGGAGAACAACUAUCAUUAAAAUUAUUGUUUUGGGGUUUUUUUAUGGAGCACCCUAACCAAGAAAUUACCUCAAAAGGAAGACAAAUUUGGAAUUUCACAUCUACAAACUUUAAAGUUUUAUUUUUAAUUUAUGAAAACAAUCGCUCUUUUCUUUGUUCCCUCUUGUCUUUGCAUUUGUUGCUGUUCUAAAAUGUUUAUCGUGUCUCUGUCAACAUGCAGCUAAGAGUCCAUGCUUUUCUGUUUUGCUUUCUUCUGCAACGCGUUUUUGUGCUUUUUUUAUUGCCCACAUAUGUUGACUUUAUUUUUGCCUUAGACAACAAAGGCAAUGUGUCACACAGUGAUUUUAACUUAUCCAAAUAAGUUAAUAGACACUUAGAUUACAGUAAUCUACAUACUGGAAAUUACUGUAAAGCCAGCUGAAAACGAAUCUUAAUUUAUUGAGAAAAUGUGAUAAAUGUUGAUCAAAGUCACAUAAGAUUUGACUACAGAGCACCGAGUGUCUCUGCUUUGUUAAGUGACUUCAGUGUGUGGGUGCGUGUGUGCGUGUGCGUGUGUGUGUGUGUGUGCAAGAUAAUACGUUUUUGGUUUUUGCACAUAUAUAUUUACACAAUCUGAAUCUAAAGCACUUUUAUUUAUUUAUAUCACUUUUGCCAAAUGCAUUCUGUCUAAUUCAAUAAGUAAAGAUUAUUGAAGAGACUUACUGGAGAUUCCAACAUGCACUGGAUUCUGACAAAGUAUAUGAGGAAAGAGCUUCAGUAAAGUGUUGGUUGAUCAUGUGCAAAUCCAACAGCCAUUGAUUCUGCAUAAACAUUUGUACGUUUGCUCCUGCAAUCUGAAGCUUUAUUAUUCACUACACACUGAAGCAAGGUGUAGAGAUGAGACUUCAUCCCAGUCACUUUGUUACCUACUAAUAACCAGCAGCAUAAACACUUAUAACAAGCCUCUGAAUGGGUUUUCCCUUAUUUAGUUUACAACUAAAGACACAGAUCCACCGAACUCACUUGGCAUCCAUCUCCAUUUACUCUUUAGAUCACUGUAGGUUCAAAUCCGUGUCAAUUUCAAGCAUUUAAAAGUCUCUGAAGGAUUUUCCACACUGUCUUCAAGUGUAUUUCAGUUCCAUCUUAGAUUUCUCCUCCAAAACCUGACUUGUGGUUUUUAAAUUCAAUUUCAAGCAUUUUUGUUGCAUUAUCUAGUAAUACUUUAUUUGAAGGGGUGCGCAUGAGACUGCCAGGAAAAUGAAUGACUCUUCAUAAAUAUUUACAACUGUUGUUCUGAAGUGUCAUUCGGUAAAAAAUGGCACCUUUGAUGCAAAAGUGCACGAAAAGUUCCAUUAAAAGUGUAAUUUGCAUUAUUCAGUAAUUAAUGGCACUUUUAAUGUGACAUUCCGUUAGAACUUCCAUUAAAAGUCAAUUAAAAGUGUCAGCUUUGCAUUAAAAAAGUCAUUAUUUACCAAAUGACACUUCAUGACAAAAGUCACAAUCGUUCAUGAAGAUUUCUUGAUCAUCCUACAGAAUCCUUGAACUCUAAAUUAGCCAGCGUAUUGGAGUUUAACGAAAGUGUGCAAAACUUUUUCAAUUUCUUGUGAUGUAAAUUAGCUAAACAGAAGUCAUAAUGCACAAUAAGUUAAGGUAUUAAGAUUGUCCAUAAUUCUUGUCUGUGUUUAAUUUAUGUAAUAAAGAUUUUAACAAGAUCCUAAAGUCUUAAUUUAAGGUAAACAAAACUUGUUUAAAACAUGUUAAGCACACUUGAGUGUUUAACAAGUUCUACUAAAUGAAACAUAGCAUCAACCGUAAGCUGAUUGUUUGCAGUUAUUAUACAUUGACUUGCAUACACAAGUCAAGACAAACCUUUUAUUUUUAAACAUUUUACUUUAAUUUAAUUCAGCAUGUGUCAACACAUCUUAAAUAAUUACUUCUGACUCCUCCAGGUUCCUGAAUGGGAGUUACGGUAUGUUGGUGGCUCCAAACAAAAUACCUGCAUUUGUCAAAUGAAUAAAAUAUAUAUAAUAGUCAUUCUCUGACUAAUGUCAUCAGUAGUCUCUAACCAUAGAAGCGUUAUUUAACCAAAAAUAAUACAUUUACCAUCAAAAACAUUCAGCAAUAGACAAACUUUGCCAAAAUGUUCAAAUGUCUUGCCCUUUAUCACAUUGUGAGCACACACUGACAUCUUAUGUUGGAAUUUUAAUAAGUUUUCUGCCUCCAACUGAAAAAAAAAUAACUUUUAAAGAAUAAUUUAAUUUGUUGCAAGUGAUCAAAUGAAGUUUAUCCAAGUAAAUAUAUGAUUUUAAUUAAGCAUGAUAAAAUCACCCUGCAGAGAUUAAUUUCUGAAUUAAUCAGCAAACGGAACACGUAAAUAAGCGAGCAAAAAAUAUAUUUAAAAAAAGGUUAUUUUUAUUAUUUGCAGUUGAUGAUUUUCUUUUUUAAAUGCAAGUACAUUUUGGCUUAGACAGAGAAACAUAAGAAACGUGUAUUUAUUUAUUUAUUUAUUUAUUUAUUUAUUUAUUUAUUUUUUUAUUUAUUUAUUUAUUUAUUUAUUUAUGUUUUUUUUUUUCCCACACACCUCAGAGGAUUUGAGAAACAGAAAUCUGCCAUUCAGGUUUGGGUUUGAUUGUAUUAUGUGGUGUUAUCCAAACAGGGCCAGAGUUAAAAUCAGUAAAACCGUGUCAUUCUAUACAGUGAGAUACAGUAUAUUAAGAGUAUAAUACUAUAUGAAUAUAUUUAUGCUAAUUAGUACAGCAUUAAAUAUCCUGUUUGAUACAGCAUAACCUCUACAGCAUUGAUGCAAAGGUGUGGAUGCAUAGAACGGCGUAGAAAAAUAGAUCAACUAAAGAGAUUAAUAAUGGCAAAAACUUGUUCAGAAAGUGUAAUUACCUUGUGAAUUUGUAGAUAUUGUGAAAUCAAUGCCAAUAGAUUUUCUUGUUUUUGUUUUAUUUUUUAUUUUUUGUGAAUAUCGAUAUGUCAUGUCAUUUAUUUUUUACAACAUAUAGAUACUGCUGUCUUACAGUGAAAUCUGUAACACUAAGUGUUAUGGUAGUAAAGAACAGUAGAGAUAAUAUUCAUCGAGCUAAUUACAAGAUCAGUACCUUGUGUGCACUUUCCAAACCUAACUGUGAAUUAGCAGCUGUCUGCAAGCAGAGUUGUACACACUGUGUUCUCCUUCCAGCGAUUUCACUGCAUGUCCUCCUGCAUUGAGAGACCAAGGACUUCCUUCACAAAGACUGCUCUGGGAACUUUGUGGACUUUGUGAUUUUUCUCGGGAAGUUGCUCUCUGUGUGCACAGUGACUGGACUCUCUGUACGUUACACCUGUUUGUGUGCUUACUGUAUGAGAUGUAGCAAAUGGAAAUAGGGAUUAAAAGGACAUUGUAUUUUG